AUCAUCAUCAUCAUCACUACCGAAAAAAACAUUCGAUUCAAAUGAACAUAUUGUUUUUGUUGUGUUCAUCAUUCAUAGGAAUAGGGUUGUUUUCAAAAAAAAUUUAACUAUUGAAAUGUUUUGCAUACGAAGAUCUCAACUACAGUUCAAAGUGCCAUCAAUAUGGUUGAUCAUUAUCGGCUUUUGUCUAAUCAUACUCAUGGAUUACACUAUAUUUGCAUAUGCUAAACCUAGUAAAUCGAAAAAAUCUCGACCCAAAACCAAAUUCGUCGUAGUUGAUACAGCCAAAUAUUUACCAUUAAUCAAAGAACAUGCUUCAGCAGAUACAUUAGCAGCUAUUGCUGAAGCUGAAGUACAAGAAUCCGCAAAACAAUAUACGUAUAAAAAACCUAAAUAUCAUAAAAUGUAUCCUGAAUCACCACAAGCUGUUCCACAUUCAUUGAAACAAAUUGCCGGACAUUAUUCGUCCAUUCAUCAGCCGCCAUUUCCAUACAAAAAAGUCAGACAUCAUCAUUAUCAUCCAAUAAUAUUGUAUAAAAAGAAAAAAAUACCGGGCAAAUAUUGGCACGAGGCUCAACGAAGAUUGGUGACCAAACAUGGUGGCUUAGACAUACUUGGAGAUAUUAUUCAAUUGCCCAACGGUCGUGUAUUGGACGGAAAUCUUGGACAAAAUGUACCUAAUUUUAAUGAUGGCUAUUUUAAACCAUGGGAAUUAAGAGCUCGACUAAUGCAAUCACAACGAGAACUGGUCAAAAGCCUGAUUAAAGCAUUAAUACGUUUGGCAAGAGAUCCACCCGCCACAGGUUCAUUCAUAGUGAAAGAGAUCGAUAUGCUUGAUUAGAAUAUUUAAUAUAAUAAA